CUCAAGUCAAAUCUCAAUUUGAGGAAAGUUUAUAGUUUGAAGGAAGGGUCUGAUCUUAGUCUGAUCGUAAGGAUUACGAAUAUUUUUGGAAAUUCUUGGAAUCGUGGAAGUAAUGAAAUUAUUUGAUUCACUUUUGUGAAAAUCAUCAAUUGAAUCACCCUAAAUACUAAGUAUCAUGCCUACAUUAGUAAAACUUGCAACGUACUUCAAGAAAGUUCAGUUACCAAAAGGGCGAAUUGACAGAGGAAAAUAUCGAAUCGUAAGAAAUGUCACUCAGCUUGAUAUUGCCAAUGUUCGAAGAGAUGUCGACAGGGAAAGAAGAAACAUGUUUUACUUGAGAAAUCCUUUCGUAUCAGUGAAAGAAUUGGACAGCGUUCCUAAACAAGAAAGGCAGCUGGGUAAAGUUUGUAUAGAAAAGCAUCGAGAAAAGCAAAUUGGAAAAUUUUUGAAAUGCCAAGAAAGUAGAAAAAUAGAAGUGUUUUUGAAAAGCAGAUUAGGUACAGCGGAUAAGUGGGAAUAAAUUCUCCCUUCUAUGUUCUAGUUAUUUAACUUGUAAAAAUUUAUGCAUAAACUAGCGGUUUCUUAA